CUUUCCUUAAAUUGAAUGGGGCUUUGCCCUUUUCUAGGGGACGUGUCCAAUAAAUGGAACAGCCUCUGAUGGAGAAUGAACUAGUCGUCACAAAUUCCCAGACCAAAGUAUAACUUCAUUUUAACACUCCUAGAAAGAAGGAUAAAGACGAUUAAGCAUGGCAGAUGAAAAUUCCAUUUCUGAGAAAGAGGUUGAGUCAGCCAAGGUGGAGGAGAAGGAGGAGGAUACAACCAACGUAGCCAAGGAGUCCGACAGACUGACGCCAGGCAACGAUGGACCCGUCAAAUCCCGUACCCCUUCUGCCUCUAGCAAGAGGAGUGCCUCGCCGGGGAAGACUCCUCCCACUCCUGCCAAGGCCAAGCCGGCUGAUAAAGGCGGGGCCAAAGGUGGAAAGGGCGGCAAAGCAGGUGCCAAGGCAGCAAAGCCAAAGAAGGAAGAGGUUGACGAUAAACCAGCCGCUGAAGAGAAGGGCCCUGCUGACGACAUUGUGCCCUUGUUCCUGGCCUCCAAGACCCAGGAGCUCUUUGGCUGUGUCGCAGACGUGGACGUGACGGAGGAAAACCCUCACAAGUUUCUCCCUAAGGAGGGCAUCCUGCAAGACAUGAGGAACCGAGCCGCCGUGUCGGACUUCCACCCUGUCAAGCAGAGAAUGCUGGACUAUCCAGGUGAGGAAAUCUUGGUGGUGUUUGAUCCUGACUUCAGGAUGGGCCAGAACUUUUACAUCGCUCUGACGGAAGAGGCCAAGCAACACAUCCUCAAUCCACCACCUGAGGACGGCGAGGAGGGAGCAGAGCAAGUGGACGGCGAAGGCGGAGUGGGCGCCGAAGAAGAAGUGGUAGUCUAUCGCUAUGUGCCCCCGGAACCUAAAGAAUGGGUGUCUCUGGGCAGUGAGGUGGAAAUUGAAGACGAGAUGGUCACGGAAAGUAGAGCUAAGAUCAAAAUGACGAUCCAACGAGUGCGGCGGGAGUUCGGUGCCCCGGUCACCUUCACUGAUCGCAAUGCAGAUGACGUCAAGGAUGGCUACAUCGAAUGCUCGUCCUAUGAGGACAAAAGCUACAACGUGAAGAAAGUGGAGAUGGACUAUGGAAUACAAGCUGUGCCAACUUACAGUGAAAACGGAACGCAAACUGACUGGAAGCAUCCUCGGAAUCAAGCCACCCAGUAUUUCCCGCGGGAAUUUGACAACGAGGAGAAGAAGACAUUGAUGGAGAUGGAGGAACUUCUGAACACUCUCAACCAAGUCACCCCAAGAUUUGAGUUAUCCCUUCAGCAGAAUGAGAUAAUGAACGUGUUCAACGAUGACUGGUUAGCUUUGGCCGACGAAGACAGCACCUUUGGGAGCAAGUCAGAUAGCCACCUCAAGGAAUACCAGUCUUUCACUGAUCUCCAGUUCAGCAAAGACAAGGCCAUCACCUGCAUCGAAUGGCACCCUACCAUUAAGGGCAUCAUUGCUGUGUCUUGCUCGGAGCGGAUGUCCUUUGAUGACCGCGUGGACAAUGCUUCAAAGAUCAUCAUGAAUCCGUCUCUUAUUCUACUGUGGAGCUUCACAGAUCCCAUCCACCCCCAGAUUUUGUUGGAAGCCCCCGAUGACAUCUUCAGCUUCAAGUUCUGUCCAUCUGACCCCAACAUCAUCGCGGGGGGUUGUAUCAACGGCCAAGUGGUCAUGUGGGAUAUCAGUAAACAUGCUGAUCGUCUCCGUAGCAACCAGCGCGGCAAACAGACCAAGAAGAAUUCCAUGAUGAAGCUGCAUUAUGGUAGAGGCAGGGAACAGCCUGGGUUUGAGGAUGAGAAUACAGACCAGAUGCCCAUCGUACGCUACUGUGCCGUCUCAGGAAUCGAGCACAGCCACAAAAUGGCCAUCUCUGAGCUGCAGUGGGUACCAGACCAUAUGGAGAUCACCCGUAUGGGGAUUGUUGUCGAGAACAAGACUGGUACAUGUAGCCAGAUCCUAUCUGCCUCUACAGAUGGCUGUAUUGCCAUCUGGGACACCAAGCCACCCAAGGGCCACACACCAUCCGUCGAGGACGCCAAGCAGAAAGACAACCCACUAGCCGUAUCCACAACCUUUAAGCAUCUGGAUCUGACUUGGAAACCCACACUCAAGUUUCCAGUGAGCAAGAUUGAAGGCAACGGCGAAUAUGGUGUGUUGAAGGUCAGCAUUCAGGAGAGACAGGGAGACAGAAGUGUCCUUGAGAAGCAGGGAGGCAAAGGGUCAGAGGUCAACAUGGGUGCCAGUAUGGGCAUGGGCAGCUCUCUGAGAACCGGCUCAGCCAAAGAUAAGAAACCACUGGAAGGCGUCACUUCCAAAUUCUUUGUUGGGACGGAGGCUGGCGAGUUAGUUUAUGCUGACUGGAAGCUGGAAAAGGAUGCUGACUCUGGCAAGAUUCAACCCCCACGGCCCCAGUUUGCCAAGUUGUACCAUGACUGGGGCAUCAAUACGCUCCAACGCUCGCCGUUCUUCAAGGAUCUUGUCCUCGCCGUUGGGGGCUGGAACUUCACCCUGUGGAAGGAAGGAAUUGAGGGCGGUCCAAUCAUCCAAUCAGCCACUGCCCCCAAGAAGCUGACGGCCGGCUACUGGUCACCUACCCGGCCGGCCGUUUUCUUCGUCGGUCGUAGUGAUGGUAACAUCGACAUCUGGGACCUCCUGGACAAGACCCAUGAACCGUCGCUGUCCCAGAAUGUGUCGGCAUCCACCAUCACCCAGAUCUAUCCCUGGGUUGUCAACAGCAAGCAGCAACUGUUGGCGGUAUCAGACAGCGUGGGGACCUUACACAUCCUGGAAGUACCUUGGUCGUUGCGUCAUGCCACCAUCGGAGAGUUGCCCAGUAUGACCAGCUACAUCGAGCGGGAGGUCAAACGGUUGGAAUUCAUCGACAAACGACAAGACUUCCACAUCCAGAAUAAACGAAGGCUGGAUGCAGAGGAGGCGCAGCAGAAGAUGGCUCAGCCUGCAGAACCCAGCACAGAGGAAGUGGAGAACAAGAUGCGAGUGGGUUAUCUGGACUACUUGGAGGAAGAGAAGAAAUUCCUGGAGGCGUUGGGGCUGAGCACGCAGCCAGAAGAACCCCUACCAGAGGUGUAAUUGCUGCUAAAACUCAAGAGCAAGAAACGAAUACGUGUGACCUCCUACGGUAGGCCAAGUUCUGGUUGUCAACGGAAAGAUUUUCCUGGUAGAUUAUUCAUGUAACUGUUAAUGAGAGGUCGUGGCAGCGGAUAAUUCAUGGCCUCUCAGUGACAUGGCAAAGAUUUGGGGGAAAAAGCAAUAAGCCAUUUGCAAGUUAAAUUUGAAUAAAAUCUGGUAUACCGAGUUCAUUA